GUCGAACGGAGCGGAAUAGAAGGAAGCAAGCACAAGAGGGACAGGAAGACUGAGAGUAAAGUCGAACCCAUUCCCACAAAGCAAGCAAACGCUUUCAUCUCUCAGCCGUGAUACACUGAGAUCCCAAGAUUGUUCAAGGUUCUUGCGGGCACAACAAGAAUUCUUGCUAGUUUGAGAAAACAUGUACAAUCGGAGCAGCAGCAGCCGUGGUAACUCAGGGGCAGCAGCAGCGUCUACCUCAGCCGACCAACUUGAAAGCCAGAAUGAGAUGAUGCUGGGGAAUCUUCACAGCAGAAUCUCAAACUUGAAGAAUAUCACGAUCGCAAUUGGCGAUGAAGUUAGAGAGCAGAACAAAGCUCUUGAGUUUAUGCAAAAUGGUAUGAUGAGCACUGACAACCUGAUAGGGUCCACCUUGAACAAGAUGCAGACUAUGUACAAAAGUCACGGUUCAAUGUCCAUCGUGUACUUGUCGAUAUUUUGUUUGGUAGUUUUCUUUGCGGUAUACUCACUCAUGAAGAUGGGUUUCUGAAGGCAUUGGGGUAUAAGUUCACGUGUAUAGAUCUAGACGCCUUCACAAGGGUCAUAUUUUGAUUGAAUUUUAUUCUGUUC